GGCAGACGCGCUUUGGUCUGGCAAAGCAUCAAUUCAGAUCACAACAUACUUGGUGGGAGCGGUGUGAACCUGCAAACUUUAAAGCACCUUCCCAACACCUUGAGGCGCAGCCAAUGCGCUAGCACUCGGAAGUUGCCUCCGACGCUGUAAUAUUGGAAUCCUUUCGUAGCGGGUCUAUCCACGGAGAGGCAGAGCCGAGAAGAGGGAGGGUUAGACGAUUGAAGAGCCGAGGUUGAGAGUGCUAAAAGCAGCGUAGUUGUUGAAGGAGGACUCGCUGAUCGGAGCGUAGAUGGAGAUCGUCUUUUAAUAUCGUGCUGGAUAAGGCUUUGCUUUCUGUAGCGUUGCCUCCUGUCGAAGACAUCAGUAGAGGAAGCGUACUUACUGCCUACACACUGGGAUUUUUUUCCGCUUUCCGUCGCUACUGCUUAAAAGCAACAGCGCAGCGUUUCCAUUUUUUUAAACAUCUUAUUUACGGUCUUAGGAAUAUGUGUGAAUGUGGAUUCCUGGCUACAGACCAUCUGCAGUGUCAAUGCGGCUGUAAGUAGGAUAAGCAGCGACCACAGGUGCACAAUGCUUACCUCUGGAAGACAAAACUUGCACCAGGACUGGAUAAAAAUACAGAACUGAGCAUUCAUCCAGGGAGCUGCAAAUUUUAUCGACUUUCAAAAUGGCAUCAAAAAUUCGGAAAUGGACUUGCUUGACCUUUUGCUUUUUGACAGUUUUAACAAGUAUAUCAGCCUCCAGGCAAACCGUGCCUGUCAACAAGGAAUUCAGUACUUUCCAUUUAGAAAAUUCUGAGUGGACAUUCAACCAUUUAGCAGUGGAUGUAAAAAAUGGCAAUGUUUACUUAGGUGCUGUUAAUAGGAUCUAUAAACUUUCCAGUGACUUGAAAGUCCAGGUGACCCACCAAACUGGGCCAGAUGAUGACAACCCUAAGUGUUAUCCACCGAGAAUAGUCCAGCCAUGCAAUGAGCCACUGACCUUGACCAACAAUAUUAACAAAAUGCUGCUGAUAGAUUACAAAGAAAACAGAUUACUAGCUUGUGGGAGUCUUUACCAGGGAAUAUGCAAACUGCUAAGACUUGAUGACCUCUUCAAACUUGGGGAGCCAUCUCAUAAAAAGGAGCACUACCUCUCUGGAGUGAAUGACAGUGGUUCAGUGUUUGGAGUAAUUGUCUCCUAUAAUUAUUCUGAUGAUAAACUAUUCAUUGCUACAGCUGUGGAUGGGAAACCAGAAUACUUCCCCACUAUAUCUAGUCGGAAGUUAACAAGAAACUCGGAGGCUGAUGGGAUGUUUGCCUAUGUGUUUCAUGAUGAGUUUGUGGCUUCUAUGAUCAAAAUCCCUUCUGAUACCUUCACCAUCAUACCUGACUUUGACAUCUAUUAUAUUUAUGGAUUCAGUAGUGGCAAUUUUGUUUACUUUAUGACUUUGCAACCAGAAAUGACCAGUCCUCCUGGGUCUACAACAAAGGAGCAAGUCUAUACCUCAAAACUUGUGAGACUCUGCAAAGACGACACAGCUUUCAAUUCUUAUGUGGAGGUUCCUAUUGGCUGCGUGAAGAAUGGAGUUGAAUAUCGCUUACUUCAGGCUGCUUACCUGUCAAAGGCUGGUGCCAUUCUGGCCAAAUCACUCAAGAUCAAUCCCGAAGAUGAUAUUCUUUAUACAAUUUUCUCAAAGGGGCAAAAAAGAAGGACCAAAACCCCUGAGGAGUCUGCUCUUUGCAUUUUCAUUCUUAAAGAGAUUAAUGAGAAAAUCAAGGACAGAUUGCAGUCUUGCUAUAAGGGUGAAGGAACACUGGAUUUGGCUUGGCUUAAAGUUAAGGAUAUUCCUUGUAGCAGUGCUCUUUUAACUAUUGAUGACAAUUUCUGUGGAUUGGAUAUGAAUGCGCCACUGGGAGUAUCCGAGAUGUCAAAAGGUAUACCUGUGUUCACAGAGGAAACAGACCGGAUGACCUCUGUUAUUGCCUACGUCUACAAGAAUCAUUCUCUCGCUUUCAUAGGCACAAGCAGUGGAAAACUGAAAAAGAUCAGAGUGGAUGGACCUUCUCAUGGGACUCUUCAAUAUGAGACCAUUCAAGCAGUUGAAAGUAGCCCAAUUUUGCGAGACAUGGCCUUUUCUGCUGAUCACAAGUACUUAUAUCUAAUGUCUCAAAAGCAGCUGACUCGGGUGCCAGUGGAGUCGUGUGGACAGUAUUCUACCUGUAGCGAGUGUCUUGGCUCUGGGGACCCCCAUUGCGGAUGGUGUGUGCUCCAUAAUGUAUGUACCAGAAAGGAGAACUGUGAACGUUCCACGGAACCCCGAAGAUUUGCAUCUGACAUCAAGCAGUGUGUGAGGCUCAGUGUACACCCUAAUAAUAUUUCAGUUUCACAGUACAGCGUGCUGUUAAUUUUGGAAGCUCAUAAUGUACCAGAGCUUUCUGCUGGGGUAAACUGUACAUUUGAAGACUUGGCAGAGAUGGAUGGAUUGGUAGUCGGGAACCGAAUUACAUGUAUCUCACCAGCAGAGAAAGAAGUGCCUCGAAUCAUUACAGAUAAAGGAGACCACCAAAUUGUUCAACUUUACUUGAAGUCUAAGGAAACUGGACUUGCAUUUGCUAACACAAGUUUUGUCUUCUUCAACUGUAGUGUCCACAAUUCGUGCCUGUCCUGUGUGAAUAGCCCCUAUCAGUGCCACUGGUGUAAAUAUCGUCAUAUGUGUACUCAUGAUCCACGGAGAUGUUCCUUUCAGGAAGGAAGAGUCAAGCUGUCUGAGGAAUGUCCUCAACUUUUACCAGUAGAGAAGAUUCUUGUUCCUGUUGGAGUGGUCAAGCCAAUCACCCUUAAAGCCAAGAACCUUCCCCAGCCCCAGUCAGGUCAGCGUGGCUAUGAGUGUGUCCUCAAUAUCCAGGGGACAGAGCAGCGGGUACCAGCACUGCGGUUUAACAGCUCCAGCGUUCAAUGCCAGAACACAUCUUACUUCUAUGAAGGAAUGGAGAUUAACAGCCUCCCAGUAGAUCUAAUGGUGGUGUGGAAUGGUGACUUCAGCAUUGACAACCCAGCCGAUAACAAAGUACACCUUUAUAAAUGUGGGGCCAUGCGGGAGAGCUGUGGUUUGUGCCUAAAGGCAGACUCCCACUUUGGCUGUGGCUGGUGCAAAGGAGAGGACAGCUGUACCCUGAAACAGCACUGCCCUCAACCAGAGAACCAGUGGCUGGAGCAUUCAGGGAUCAACACUAAGUGCACCAACCCCAAAAUUACAGAAAUAACUCCAUUGACUGGUCCUAGGGAAGGUGGCACAAGGGUAACCAUACGUGGGGAGAACCUGGGACUUGAGUUCAAGGAAAUAGUGGGACAUGUAAAAGUGGCUGGAGUGGAGUGUACCCCAGUGCCAGAUGGGUAUAUUCCUGCAGAACAGAUUGUAUGUGAGAUGGGUAAAGCCCAGCACAGUCAAUAUGCUGGGUAUGUUCAAAUUUGUGUCGGAGAAUGCAGGCCAGAAUUUAUGGCACGGUCGUAUCAUUUAUAUUACUUUGUGAUCCCCAAUCUUCUGGACUUGAAACCGAGCAGAGGGCCAAUGUCUGGGGGCACAACUGUCACCAUUACUGGAAGUAAUCUAGAUGCAGGAAGUAGAGUGCAGAUUAUGUUUAAAGACCAGCUGUGCAUUUAUCACAGGAGAGCAGCUAAGGAAAUUGUUUGCAAAACCCCUGCCUGCCUUGGAUGUGGGAAUGUAAGUGUGUCAGUAAGUGUUGACAGGGCCAAAAUUCACAAGGAACUUCAAUUUGAAUAUGUAGAAGACCCCACAAUCACCAAACUGGAGCCAGAGUGGAGCAUUGUCAGUGGCAACACACCUGUAAUUGUUUUUGGAUCCAACCUGGAUAUCAUUCAAAAUCCCCAGAUCAGAGCCAAGUACAACAAAGUGGAGACCAUCAAUACUUGUGAAGUGCAGAGUGCCACUUCCAUGAUAUGCCAAGCGCCUGAACUUGCUGUUAGUCCGAGCUCAAAUCGUAUGGCUGAUGUGACAGAGCGACCAGAUGAAUUUGGCUUCAUUUUAGACAAUGUGCAAUCCCUGAGCAUAUUGAACAAUACCAAUUUCAUUUUUUAUCCAAAUCCUGUGUUCGACCCUUGGGGUCCUUCUGGAGUGUUGGAAUUAAAACCGGGAUCACCUAUCAUAUUAAAAGGAAGAAAUUUCCUGCCGCAUGCUUCUGGUGGAAAUUCCAGGUUGAAAUACACAGUCCUUAUUGGGGAAAAGCCAUGUACUCUAACAGUGUCUGAUACUCAGCUUUUGUGCGAAUCACCAAAUCUUACUGGAAGACAUAAAGUGCAGGUUUAUGUUGGUGGCAUUAAGUUCUCUCCUGGAGUGGUGCACAUUUCCUCAGACAGCCCUCUCAGUCACACAGCAAUCAUAAGCAUUGCUGGAGCUGGUGGGCUGCUUAUGAUCUUCAUUGUGGUAGUGCUAGUUGCUUACAAGCGCAAGUCAAGAGAGAGUGACCUCACCCUCAAACGCCUACAGAUGCAGAUGGACAACCUGGAAUCACGGGUGGCUCUGGAAUGCAAAGAAGCUUUUGCUGAAUUGCAGACUGAUAUUCAUGAACUGACCAGUGAUUUGGAUGGAGCUGGUAUUCCAUUCCUUGAUUACCGUACCUACACCAUGAGAGUUCUUUUUCCUGGGAUUGAAGAUCAUCCUGUUCUUCGAGAUCUGGAGGUCCCUGGAUAUAGGCAAGAGCAGGUGGAAAAAGGUCUUAAACUUUUUGGGCAACUGAUCAACAACAAAAUUUUUCUCUUGUCAUUUAUUCGAACUCUGGAGUCCCAGCGCAGCUUCUCUAUGCGGGAUCGUGGAAAUGUUGCUUCACUGAUAAUGACUGUUCUGCAGAGCAAACUGGAAUAUGCUACUGAUGUACUCAAGCAAUUGCUUUCAGACCUUAUUGAUAAAAAUCUGGAGAGUAAAAACCACCCAAAACUACUAUUGAGAAGAACUGAAUCUGUUGCUGAGAAAAUGCUGACCAACUGGUUCACCUUUCUGCUGUACAAGUUCCUUAAGGAAUGUGCUGGAGAACCUCUUUUCUCUUUAUUCUGUGCGAUCAAACAGCAAAUGGAGAAGGGGCCCAUUGACUCCAUCACUGGCGAGGCUCGCUAUUCACUCAGUGAAGACAAGCUCAUCAGACAGCAAAUAGAUUACAAGACACUGGUUUUAAAUUGCAUUAACCCUGAUAAUGAGAAAAGCCCUGAGAUUCCAGUUAAAGUGCUAAACUGUGACACCAUAACCCAAGUAAAGGAGAAAAUCCUUGAUGCAGUCUACAAGAAUGUACCAUAUUCACAUCGACCGAAAGCAGCUGACAUGGAUUUAGAAUGGCGAGAGGGGAGAGCAGCAAGAGUUAUCCUACAAGAUGAAGAUGUCACCACCAAGAUUGAGAAUGACUGGAAGAGACUAAAUAUGUUGACGCAUUAUCAGGUACCUGAUGGAGCACUGGUGGCCAUCGUUCCCAAACAAGUCACGGCAUACAAUGCAGUGAACAACUCCACUGUAUCCAGGACUUCAGCCAGUAAAUAUGAAAAUAUGAUCCGGUACACUGGAAGUCCUGACAGCCUGCGUUCUCGAACUCCAAUGAUAACUCCAGAUCUCGAAAGUGGAGUUAAAGUAUGGCAUCUCGUUAAGAAUCAUGAGCAUGGAGACCAAAAGGAGGGGGACAGAGGAAGCAAAAUGGUUUCUGAGAUUUAUUUGACCCGUCUCCUAGCUACCAAGGGCACUUUACAAAAAUUUGUUGAUGACCUCUUCGAGACAAUUUUCAGCACAGCGCACAGAGGCAGCGCCCUGCCACUUGCAAUCAAGUACAUGUUUGACUUUUUAGAUGAGCAAGCAGACAAGCAUUCCAUCCAUGACCCACAUGUUCGACACACUUGGAAAAGCAAUUGCUUGCCAUUAAGAUUUUGGGUGAAUGUGAUCAAGAACCCACAGUUUGUCUUUGAUAUCCAUAAAAGCAGCAUUACAGAUGCCUGUCUGUCAGUGGUGGCUCAGACCUUCAUGGACUCAUGUUCAACAUCUGAACAUCGACUAGGCAAAGAUUCUCCAUCAAAUAAAUUGCUGUAUGCCAAGGACAUCCCCAGUUAUAAGAGCUGGGUGGAAAGGUACUAUUCAGAUAUUAAUAAAAUGCCUGCUAUAAGUGAUCAGGAUAUGAAUGCUUAUUUGGCCGAACAGUCCAGAAUGCACAUGAAUGAAUUCAAUACAAUGAGCUCACUGAGUGAGAUCUACUCUUAUGUUGGAAAAUACAGCGAAGAGAUUGUGGCUGCUUUAGAACAAGAUGAUGCAGCAAGAAAACAGAGACUGGCCUUCAAGCUCGAACAAGUGGUUACUUUCAUGAGCAUGGAUAGCUGAAACCUGCUGUCUCAGGAAAUGCUGGAGAGGACAAACCGUGCCGUGCCUGAAUGAAGACCCGUCAUCUUGGUACCAUCAGCAAGUUCUGUUUCAGCUGCAAGCAUUGCCUCAGCACACUGUUAGCUCUGCUUUAGGCCAUUCAAGAAGAAUGCGAGUGGAGCACCAGAACUCAUUGGAACUCUGGCUUUUGGUUGUGCAAGAAUUUUUGUUUUAAUAACUCCCUUGGAAUUAGUGCAUUUGAAAGCUCCUGGGAAAGAAAUCCUCGCAAACAACAUCUUAGUUUUAAACUUGCUGUGCUUCCAAAAAUGCAGAAAUUCUAUAAAUCUGAUGAAUGGAUGUCAAAGGUCAAGGUCAACUGGCAGAUAAAAAAAAAUCUUAAAAUUCUGCCCCAUUUUGCUUUUUAAAAUCAGAUAGUGUCCAAAAAUGAUUACUUUAAGGAAAGUCUCUUCUUGGUAUUACAUUUUGUAAAUGUGAUUGUAAGAAACCAAUACAUUCAGUUUAUAAGUAUAGGAAAAAUCAGCCGCUGAGAAAGGCGCAUACUAAUAAUAUAAUAAUAAUAAUAAUAACACAGUCAGUUAAAAUAGCACAAAGCAUUUUUCUGUGCUGUUUCAUAUUUACCUAAAACAAAAUCAUAUCAUAGGUAUGAAUGGAAAGAAAGAAAAGAAUGAUAAGGGUUAUAGUGAGUCAUAGGGAUUUUAACGUUAGAUAACAUAGGAUGAAAAAAGUAAUAUGGUCUUAAACAAAUAUGAUACAAGAGUGAACAAAGUGCUAAAUUUCACAUCCAAGAAUGAUGACAAAGUAUGAACAUGAUCAGCAAAGAUCACAUGUGGGAAAGAUUGAGAAAUCAACAAAAUGCAGUGUUUAUAAUCACCGAAGCAUAUUAAAAACCAAUUACUGUUCAAUUAAAAAAGCACUUUAAAAAAGAUAUUAAAACAUCACAUAGACAAUCUCAGUAAAAUAACUUACAUUCGGUUGAGACAUACAUUAUUUCAUAUUUGAAUAAAAAUCCCAUAGUUACACCAUCUUUAUGCCCCUAUGUUUAGCUUUGAAAAAUGCUGAUUGGAGAAUCAGUGAGAAUAUUACAACGUGUUUUUUCAAUACAGAAAAGUGAUAUAAAUGCGGCCGAAUCAGCACAAAUGCUUGUACUGAGGACAGGAUGCGAUAUUUUUAAAACUAUAACAAUGUGGGGUUAGCAACUGUUUGACAUAUGUAAAUGGUACAAAAAAACUAUACUUGCUGCUUUAAAUUCUGCUUUGUAACUCAUUGAUACUGCUGACAUGUCUGAAUGCAGGCCUGGGACUUUGAAACUGCCAUUUAACGCACACCUGACGUCUUUAUGGAUAUGAAAAGAUUUUGGACAUUCCAACAGCAUACUGAAAGUUUUCAACAUACACAAAAAUGGUUUAUGUGUGUGUCUGCAUGUGUUUGUCGUGUGUGUUUUAUAUAUAUAUAUAUAUAUAUAUAUAUAUAUAUAUCUCACAUACGUACAUGCAUAUUUAUAUAUAUAAAAUAGUUUGAUAGGUAUCUAUCUGUAUAUAUCGAGAUAUAUAUAAAAUCUCAUUGGAACGAGUGGACAUUGCUGGCCAGCAGAAAACCAAAGGAGUCAGAUUUAUUGAAAAAAGUGCCACAUUCAAACAAAACAAACUUAAACCGCUAUUUUAUUUACAACAUCAGUGUGUAGAAGAACCUGUGGACAAGCUGGCUUUUACUAUCGUCCUUCUGUUUUUGCACACUGUAAAUGUUGCCGAGUCCAGUUUCUGUUUUGCACAGUUAUUACAAAAAAAAAAGUGAAUACCUGGAAUGAAGGUUUACAUCACUCUUUGAAAAUACACCUAACAUACUUUGAGAUGGGAUCAAGCUCUCAGAGUAUAGGAAGUAAAACUGAAAUCGACAAAAAACAAAAUACAAUUGGAACAUGAACAUUGUCAAGAGACAACAAAAGCUGCCCUCCCUACCUUUAACCUUCAAGCUUUCUUUUGCCUUGAAAUGUGCCAGACUUGUGAUGUGAAUGUGUGGAUGCCUCAGCAGGCCCAGAUUGGGUCUUUGGCUUUUAAGCGCAUGUACAAUAAAAAAAAAAAAAAAACAAAAGAAAAAAGAAAAGAAAAAAAAAGCCUUGCAAUGACGUGGAUGUGUUUUUUUUUUUUUCAUUUGCUUGGAAGCAUCAAACUGAGUGGUUUGUCAUGUAUACGAUUCUCUGUUAAGGUGGAACCUUUAUCCAAUACUUUAUAAGUAGCAUUCCAUGUUGUGUAAAGUGUUAGGCACUUAUAUUAGUGUGACCUUAAUCGUAUGUAUCCUGCAUGUGGGCUUCUUCCCUUGAUGUUUUGAACGGAACUACCUUGCUGUCAUGCUCUUACUUAACAAUGGCAAAACUGGGGUUGGAGUCAAUUUAAUUGUUUGUCUUUAACAUUCUUUUCUGUCUGUUUCUGACAUUUUGCUCUUAGCAAAGGCUGCAUUUUUCUAUAAAUAUUUCCAUGAGUAUUUAUCAUGGUCCCUUAAGAUGAGGAAUGUGCCACCAUACUUUUCGUAUUGUGCCUUUUUAAUACAUCAUCAUUAUCAUUAUUUUUUUCGGGCCCAGUUUUAACCAUGAUGAGUUACCUAGCCUUUACAAUAGGACUAUGAAAGCUUGAUACCAAAAUCCUUGAAGAGAUGCAUGUUCUCAACAAUAAAUCACCAAUGACCCCAAAGUACCACCCUCCCAUACAAAAUAAUACCUUAACUACAUUCAGGCUUCAUUACUAAUAGAUUUCAUAACUUUCCUUGAUCAUCAUCAUGUUUUUUAUUAUUUUCAUCAGGUUUUAAUAAACCAUACACUUAGAUGCAUGACAAGUAACUUCACCAAAGACGAAUAAUCACACGCAUUAUCAUUACGUGAUACACAUCAGUCAGUACUUUUUCCUUAUUUGACUCAGAUUUGUCAUAUCAUCAUCUUUCCCAUUUGAAGCAUCUAGCUUGAAAAUUCCAUGUUUUCUUCAAUAUAGAUCUGACAACUUUCUUAGUCUCUUUAAUAUUGUCAUUAAUUGCUUUGUAGUGCACUUUGUGAUAAUGCUCGCUAUGAAAGGCACGAGAAAAAAUGUAAACUAAUGGACAGAUUAUGACAACAAGUGGACCUUCCAAAUGUUUGUUAGUUUUGUCCCAUCGUUUCCAGUUGAGGCAGAUUUUAGUCUUUAUUUUUUGGCUUCACCCUGUGUUUGUUAAAACUUUACUGAUUACAUGCAAUUACCACUAUAGUAUAAUUUAAUAGUGUGCACUGGAAAAGCUAUUGCACACCUGGAAUAUUAUUUUUUUUUUUUUUUUUAUUUAACUAUUGUUAUAAUGCGUUGUGUUGACACAGUCAGAAUUUUACCCAGUGUACUUAAAAUCACUGGCUGGUUUAUAGAAGUUUAAAUGUAUUUGCACAUUUGUUCUUUUUUAAUUUUCUUAUUCUGUUUUUCAUUUCUUUUAUAUUUUAUUUCAACAUGCAGUUCAAAUGUCGAGAAAAAAAUUCAGUGUUGUAUUUCUUGCAGGAUCGUACAAGUGUUUUUAUGGUUUAUGUUAUUCAAAGAAGAACUGUGGUACAGAAGAUGUGAAAUCUCUCACAACUGCCUAAUAAAGAUUCCACCUUAAAUAUUUUGUACGAAAAUGUCUUUAGAGCUCAGUGUUAUUGCAGGUGUCAAAGGAACCUUUAGCAAAGACUUUUAAUAUAAUAUUUGAUGACAAAUUAAAUGUACUAUUUGGGGAAAAAAGAAACUUGGUAAAGGCAAGCUUCUCUAACUUUGUUAUAAUUAAUUGUAUACCUGUGUAUGUAAAUACAAUGCACUCCUAUUUUGCAGUCCAGAACAAAAAUACUAUUUGUAAUAUAGAAUAAACUUUAUUAUUGAAACUUUA